AUGUCCGAUAGUGAGAUCUCUUUCAACUUCGAUGACGAUGUUAUUGAGUUAGAUAGAUUCCAAUAGAAUAAACCAAAUUCUUCAUUUUCAAAGAGUGACAAAAAGAACAACAAAGAAAAACUUAAACUGAUGUAAACUUCAAUCCAAUCCUAAAAUAACAUCAAGCAACAAAUGACCAAGGACCUCCUGUUUCUUUUGAAAUUCGAAUAACACAUGCUUAGUUCUAUCAACAGUCUCCAUCAGAGGAUCAUGAGAUCUCUAGAAAGUGAAAUAGGUGGCACUUGA